UGCUCUGGCUCCCUCGCCCUCCGCACGUGCCCAGCGGGGAGGCAUGUGUCCUAGGCGUAUUGCGGUGGUCCUCUGUAGGGUAGAGCUGCAGUUGUCCACAGCUGUAACUUGCUCAUCAAGGCAUUUUCUGUUGGCUUCCUUCCUUUCCCUGACUACCGAUGUUUCUUGGGAUCACCUCCCAAAAAACUACUGUACUUGCGCUCAAAUUCUUGUUCCAGGGGGCACCGUUUGGGGGAACUCGAGCCAAGACGCUGUAUUCGCCGCUUUUCACAGCUGAUCACCUUGAAAGUGACGUCCACUCCCACCAUACUGCAUCCAUUCCUCCUGCGACUCCUACUAACGACUCCUGCGCCACAGACUAAGAGAGAUGGAGUCUUUCCUCUUGGAUGACAUCAGCUCUGUGAUACAGAACAAAGGCAUUGAGAGAAUCAUCUCACCAAUGAUUGUUCAGCUUUGCCAUCUGCUCAUCUCAAUGGAGAGGAAAGAAGUGGAGAAUGAAGUAUUUGCCUCGUUGGAGAAGAUGGCUGAGGAAUUGGCUAAAGCUUGUGAAGACUUCGUGCAAGUUGCCAAAAGGCUUGCCGGAGACUCUGAGGAGGAGUGGCUCAGGGAGGAAGUGGAGGCUGCUGCCCAGUCUCUGACCGUGUUUGGAAGGAACAUCACACUGGUGGCUCAGAGACUCCAUCUUCAGCCAGAAUGUCAGCGCCACCGGGAGGAGCUAGUGACCACAGCUCAGCAGAUCCUGGUGAACACCACAAAGGUCCUGCUCCUUGAAGACGCGGCGAUGGCGAGGAAGAUGGUGCGGGCGGCCGGUUGGUGCCUGACCUGCCUGGACGCGCUGGAAGCGGCGGGAGACGCAGCCUCGCUGCGCGGCCCCUUCGCCGACCUGGCCGCGGCGCUGCUGCGUCUGGGGGAACUGGCGGCGCACAGGCCAGAGGAACGCCUGGGCCGCGCGGGCCGCCUGCUUCGGGGCUGCGUCCCCGCACUGAUCGCGGCCGCCCGCGGCCACCUCCGGCAUCCGCGCGAUCAGCAGCUGGCCGCCUCCCGGCGCCGGGUUUGCGCUCUGGCCAGGAAGGCCCUCGGCGAGCUCCUGGUGCGGCUGGACCCUGGCGCCACGGCGUCUGCGGCCCGCACGUGGAACGGCGCGCUCGCCAGGCGCCUGAGGCAAUUGCACGAGCUGCUGGUGGCGCCCGAGCCCGAGCCCCUGCACCUCGGCCUGCUGGACCCGCCGCUGGCCGCCGUGGUCUGGCACUGCAUGCGCCUGGCCGCCUGCUCUGCGCCGCCCGAGAGGCUGCACCUGGUGGCCCGCUGCGGCCGGCUGCUGCAGUUGCGAAGCGCUGGCGCCAGGCGCCUCACGGGGAUUGGCGGACCUCCGGGGAGAGGCCGGGGAAGGCCGGAGCCAGGACAAGAGCGCGCGGCGCUGCGGGUCGCGACGGAGGCCCUCUCCCAGGGGUUCCGCACUGGGCUACUCCGCCAGAUCCUGGACACCUUCACGGACAUGCAAAGUCCUCUCCUAAGGCUGGUCCAGGCGGCGGUGGCGACUCCCGCAGGCAGCUCCCCUUACGUUGGCGAAGCCUUGCGGAAGAGCCUCCAGCUUUUUCUUGCUACUUUCCAUGACAGGGCCAAGCAGAUGCUCAGAGUGGCUCACUUGGCAUUGGUUUGCUGCCCUCGACAAGAAAUUGGCAGAGACAUGGAGGCCGCCAUGGCAGGCAUUUGGGGGCUCGUGGUGAGAGUGCAACAGCUUUUCUCAGGAAGCCGCCAAGGGUCUGGCCGGGACUGGAACCCUGCCACCCUGCAGGCCCUGCUUCGGGCCUGGGCCAGGGAAUCCGAACGCCUGUUGGCAUGUUUUGAUGAUGUUCUCAAUAUUCCUGAGUUCCUGAGUGUGUCCAUUCAGGAAAUGACCAAGCACUUGGACUUCUUUACAUGGGCUUUGGAGAGUGGGGAUUCCAGUGAGUUUUCCCGAUGUGUGGCAUAUCUACAGGGCCGGGCCACACACAUAGUGCAGGUAAUGAGCAGGUAUGUGGGCCGGGAACGAGAUCCCAUUUUCCGGAAUGGCCUGAGAGUCUUGAUCCAGCAGCUGGAGCAAUCUUCAUUGGUCUUGGGUGCAGCUGCUGAGCGCUGUUCACAUGAAUAUGGCUCUCCGGACACUGAUGCAUUUUUAACCGUGGCAAAACAUCUGAUCUAUUCAGCUCAGAGCCUCAAAGAGGGGCUGGAUGGGACUAAGCACCCAGAUAUCCUCAGCCCCCUUCGGGACCAAGUCCACAGGUUUGACAUUGCUAAGAGACAGCCUUAUUUCAUUCUCCCCAGCCUCCAGAGCUCUGCAGCACCUGAACUGAAAUAUCAGAGAGUGCCUAGGUUAGGGGAAAAUGACCUAGGCACCUCCUAUCCACCAAUGGACCAUUCUUCCCACCCUUUGAUUCCUGACACCUGUCCAAACAGGAGGGGCUCUCCACCCCCUGCCAUCAGCAAACUCAUCCUUGCUGUAGAGAGCCGUGACCACCAGGCAGUGGCCUCAGCUUGCACCAACCUGCUGGAGCAUGAUGCAGCUGUGGGUGCAGCCCAAGGGGCCCUGGCUGGAGAGGGGCCACUGGGGCCAGAGAGGAUGAUGGGACUCCAGGGUAUCUCAACACUGGCACCUCCUAUUAUUGACCUAACAAAAGAGAUAGCACAUUGCACAGCUGCUAGAACUGAUAGGCUUCUGGAAGUGGCUCUCCGGCUGUCUGGCAGGACCAGGGAAACCAGGCAGGGUUUGGCAGCCAUGGCUGGUGACUGGUACCCUCUGUGUCAACAGCUGUUUUGCCACAACCCAACAGCUGAUCUGCCAGAGAGUACAGCAGUGUUCCUGGAGCUUCAUCGGAAUUUAGCCUCAGUGGUUCAACUAGCAGCUAAAAAUGGUCCCAUGGAUUUGGAUAAAAACAACCUUGAUUCAACUCGGCAUCUGGAAGUGCUUUUACAAAUGCAAGGCAGAUUGAAGGAGACAGAGACCCAUGCUAAACAGUUGUUGGAAAAGGUUUUGGCCUUUGAUGGUCUCCAAGCCCCCAAGUCGUGGGAAGAAAGCGUUGAGGAUGGGUGUCUUCUAUGGUCAGUGGCUGUCCAAGACCUGCUCCAGUACAUGGAGCAGCUCAGUGGGAGAAAAGGCCUGUUCCUACUGCCCCUGCGGCUGGCAAUGAAGAACCAGCAGGGAUUGCAGGAAGGGUUGGAUCAUGCAGCAGAUGUGUCUCAGAGGCUACAAGAGGCAGCCAGGCUGUCCAGCCUACUGUGUGGGGAUGAGCAGGAAAAGGGUGAGGUGUCCUUUCUGUGCAGGGAAGUUCAUGUACUCACAGAUGCUCUGCUGGAUGUGGCACAGAUCCUGGCCUCCUCCCCCAAACCAUCUCCCAGCCUGUCCACGCGCUUUGAACUUCUCUGUUUGGAGCUCACCCUUCAAGCCAAGGCCUUGACUGGCCACCUCAGCACCAUCAACGCAGACUAUGAAUGUGCCUUCCAAGAUGUUAUCUGCCCAAGGCCCUCUGUCUGCAAGGACCCCCAGACUACACCAGAAAGCUCCCUGGAAAGAAUGGUGUCUGGUAUCCAAGCUGUACAAGGAAUUGUGGUAGAAGGUCAAGAGUACAGGCCCUGCCAGGAAGACCUCCUUAUGGCUCUGGAGAGCAUUCUCACCCUCACCAAGGAGGUGGCCCAGAGGAUCCCUGUGCUCCGAGAGUACCCAGAGGAGUGGGGAAUGCACAUCCUAGGCUGGCUUCGAUGGGAGUGGGCAGCCAAGGCCCACCAUGCUGUGGCCCAGCUGCAGGCCUGGAAAGGUGGUCACACCAAGGCCUGGAGACAUCUGGCCCAGUGCUUGAAACCUUGGGAGGAGCCAGCAAGGGCCUCAGAACAGGAUUCUAUCCAGCCCCAGUUCUUCUGCAAGGAGGAUGCAGCUGGAGCCUCUGCAAUGGGCAUUGUGGAUUCUCAGAGUGCUGUCCCCGGAACUCCCCUAGGGAGCUCAGUGAGGACCUGUAUUGCUGAGCCAGGUGUCCCUGGGACAACCACAGUGGACCUGAGCAUGCGGCAAAGCAGCCCCCAGUCCCUGUCCCCGCACUGCCCAGCCACAGCAGCAGUGCCCACUGAGCUGAACCAGCCCCUCCCAGAGGACGGCAGCACAGACGGGGACAGCAGAAUCACCCGGAUCACUCGAGCGAUGGCCAAGGAGGUGUUCCUGAUGGCUCAGAGUUUGAGGAGGAGAGAAUGUGUCCUGACCAAAGAUCAGCUCAUUACCUCUGCUAGAAAAAUUGCGACUUCUGGACAAGACUUUGCCAAACUUGUCUGCAUCAUUGCUAAGAACUGCAUAGAUCAAAGAUGUUCCCAGGAGCUUUUGUGUGUGGUGGAGCAGGUUCAAACAAUGAGCAACCAGCUCCGCAUCAUCUCCAGUGUAAAGGCCUCCCUGGCAAGAAGCAAGUCCUCUGAAGAGCUCCUAGUGGAAAAUGCACAGCAGCUCCUCCAGGCUGUCUUCAAGACCAUGAGGGCUGCAGAAGCUGCGAGUCUCCGGAGUUUGAGAGAACCUUCCCCAGAUCCGGAGGAAUUGGAAGUUGCUGCCUUCUGCCUGCAGUGGAGGAGGAAGCUGCUAAGGCACAGACUUCAAGAAACCUCAACCAUGGACUGUGAUGAGCUGGGCCUGCGGAAAACAAGCAGUAAACCGCCCCCCCCAACACUCGCUGCCCUGGUUCAGGAAGCAUUAUAA